UGUCGAAGCGAUCGACGUAAAAUGUAAAUAAACGUCACUACCUUUUUUGUCUCCGCUCUUGUCUCUGAUGUUUGUGAUCAUCCAUUUCAGCGAACCUGAUGUGACUUUUUGGUUGUGACAUUACCUAGAGGAAGCCCAAAGGAGAGUCACCGUCAUUAUAUAGCAGGCAUAUACAACCACUGACCCCCACAAUGCUGCUGAAAUCUCCAUAUGAACCUCUUGUACAAGAACUCCUUGGAGGGUUAGAACCAGAUGCUUUGCGAGGCCUUGCACUCACUGCCACCAACAACCGCAUCCAUCCAACAAAUUGUAAAGAAGCAAUUGAAAUUAUCCUCAUGCAUACAGAAGACCUUGGCAAAUUCUUUUCAUACAGACGCAUCAAAGCACAAGUUUUGUUUGUGUACUUGCAUCAUCAUAAAGUACCUGUGAAUGCACACUCAAGCAGGACACAGUUAGCAGUGGCAGUACAGCAGUUUUGGAUGAAACGUCUCAAUGGUGGUUCCACCUUGACAAACCCAAAGAGAAGAAGCAAUGAUAAAAUUCAAGAGCAGGCAAAUCCAUGUCAUCCUGUUCCACCAGACCAGCUGCAGGUAGUAAGCAGGCAGAAUCAGGCUCCUGCCUGUCUUGAGGUUGUCAGUCAAGAAAAUGAAAAUGUUAAAAAUAGACAAGUAGCCACACUAAAUAAUGAGGAUACUUUAGCACAGAUUGAGCUUACAAAGAAAGUGAAAUCUGAUGAUUUUGCAAGAGUGUUUUGUGAGUGGUAUUAUAGUAUGAUAAAUUACCUGCAGCCAGUAUGUUCUCAUCAGCCAGGAGACACAUUCAGAGAGUCAGUGUUCUGUUGUAAUAGCUCAGUAGAUGUGUAUCUCAUUGGCAGUGUAAGAGAGGAAAAGCAUGCCACAGGACAGGCCAACUCUUACACACUUCUCCGAGAAGUCUUUGGACAAACAGAACUUCUAUUUUCUCCAAAUCUAUCUAGUGGAAUUCAGGCUCAGAAAAGUGAGCAUGGCAUGAUCAGGAUUUUCUCUUGUGGAACACUACAUAAAGUUAAUUCAUUUGUUGGUAUUUAUGAACAAGAGUUUGGGCUUGUAUUCUGUCCAGUGGACCGAGCAUGGAAGAUAAUGUAUACCAAAAUAAAUUUAAAACACAUGAGUGUUGAGCCACAAAUGCCAUCUCUUCCACAAUGUGAAGUGUUUUCAAUAGAGCAGAGUUAGAAAGAAUGUUGAACGAAUAACAAAAUAAUAAAACAUCCUCUUCUGUGAAUAGGAUUGUUCAGAUAAAAAUGUGGAUUGCACCUUUUCCAGGAAACUUUACAAUUUGUAAACAAGAUUAUAUUAUAUGUAUAUAAUGGUAUAUUUUUAGGCUGUAGUCCCACACAAUGUGCUUCAGAUUUAUAUCUUAACCUUUAAAACAAGAUAAGUAGUGUUUUCUUCUUGGAAUUAAAUGUAUGUUAUUAAAAGUCCAUGCCAGUGCUCAUUGAAGGUGUGUGUGUGUGUGUAUAUUUUUUUGAAAACUCCAGUUCCUCAAAAAAAAAGUAUCUCAGGAUUCACAGUGCAUCCAGAGGGAGUUAAUGGUUUAAUACUGCUAAAGGAAAAAAUAGGACUGUGAGAUUUUCAUUAGAAGUUCCAGGACCAGUCACUCUGAUCUGUCACAAAGAGCACUGACAGGAACAUUAAGUGGUUAACUUCAGUUUACCUCCAUCAUGUUACUUUCUAUAUCGCCAGAUGGAAAGUUUAAAAAACAGGGAUUGUAUUUUUGUUUGUAAUAACUAAAAACAAGUCAAUAUCAGUUGCCUGAAAUAAAAUGUUUUUUUUUUUUAUGUAAGAAUUUCUUUCCAAAACACAAGGUACUGUUGAGAAUAAAUGUCUUUAGGAAGCUUGGUACCAAAACCCUUCCUGGUUUAUUUAAUGAAGAAUCAUUUUAUAAACCCCCUUGAUAUGACAUGAUGAAGAAUCCUAGAUGUAAGCACUUUGUAGCCAUUUUGUAGGUCUUACCAAUCUGAAUGGCUUUUGGUUAAAACCUUAUAAAGUCAAAAAGAAGUGACUUUAUACUUAAGUAUCACAAACAGUAAUGACAUUUAAAUGCCAUUUCAUGUUAAAACACUAGUUAGAGGGGAGGGGGGAGAAUCAAAACUAAAGUUCUGAAGUUAUAUUUGAGUAAAAGUAUUUUUGAUUUAUACCCACAAUGUAAUUUUUGUAACUCCUAUCCAGCAAGUUGCCCAAUGCUACCUUCAUAGUGUAACUAAUACUAAAUACAUGUUUAUAUUAAUAAUAAAUUAAAAGUAGAAGAGAAGAAAAAUAAAAAAUCCUAAAUUUU